AUGUCAAAUUUUCUUUCGAAUUUUUCAAAUGACAAAAUUAUCAAGUCUAUUAAUGAAUUUUUAAUUACGGAAACUAACGAAAUUAAUGAAACUAUAGAAAUUAUUGAUAUUGUUAUUGAUGAAAAAUUCUUAAAGAAAUUUUCAAAAGAUUUUUAUAAAAAAAUCAUUUAUAUAAAUGAUUAUAAUACAAUUAAAACUUUAGAAAAUAAUUUAAAAGAAUGGAUAAAUAAUAAUAAGAAUUCAAAUGAAAUUUUAAAAUUAAUGAGAAAUCAUGAAAAAAAUAAAAUUUGGUUUUCUAAUAUUAUCGGAUUUUUUUAUCAAUAUGGUAUUGGUUGUAAUAUGGAUAAAAAUAAAGCAUUAGAAUUAUAUUUAUUAAAUAUUAAAAUUGAAGAAGAAAAAGAUUAUGAAUUAUUUGAUAUAUUACAAAAUAUUAAUAUUAUAAUUGGAAAAUAUUUAUUAUCAUUAUUUUAUUAUAAAGAUAUUAUUUUAGAUAAAAUACUUCAAAAUAAUUUAAAUAAAUAUUUGGAAUUUGCUAUAAAAGGUGUUCCAAUGGCUCAAUAUAAUUUAGGUUAUUGUUAUCAAUAUGGUCAAGGAGUAACAAAGGAUUAUAAAGAAGCGUUUGAAUGGUAUUCAAUAUCAGCUAAUAAUGAAUGUGCUGAAGGUCAAAAUAAAUUAGGAGAAUGUCAUUAUCAUGGAAUAGGAACAACACAAGAUUAUCUUAGAGCAUAUAAAUGGUAUUCUAAAUCAGCAAAUAAUGGAUAUGCCUUAGGUAAAAGUAAUUUAGGAGAAUGUUACCAUUAUGGAAAAGGAGUAAAAAAAAAUUAUUACAAAGCAUUUGAAUUAUAUUCCAAAGCAGCUGAUGAAGGAAACAUUAAAGCUCAAAAUAACUUAGGAGAAUGUUAUUAUUAUGGAGAAGGAAUACAACAAAAUCAUGUUAAAGCGUUUGAAUGGUAUUAUAAAUCAGCUAUUAAUGGAUGUGCUGAAGGUCAGAAUCAUUUAGGUUAUUGUUAUAGAAGAGGAGUUGGAACGGAAAAAAACUAUGCUAAAGCAUUUGAAUGGUAUUCUAAAUCAGCAAAUAAUGGAUGCCAUUUUGGACAAUAUCACUUAGGCGAAUGUUAUAAUUAUGGGAUAGGAACUAGUAUCAGUAUGAUAGAUGCACGUUAUUGGUAUAAAAAAGCUUCAGAUAAUGGAAUAAGACGUGCAAAAUAUAAAUUAAUGCAAAUUGGAUAUUAUAAUUAAUAUAACAGUUUGUAUAUAAUAAAGAU